CAUCCCCCUGCCAUGAGGCCCUUGCCUGGAUGCUGGCUCUGCUGCUGUCUGCUCCUGGCUUUCUCCUUGGGAGCCCAGGGGAACCCAGAGUAUCCUCGGGUUACCCCAGAGCAAGUCCAUCUGUCCUACCCAGGUGAGCCAGGCUCCAUGACUGUGACCUGGAUCACGUGGGCGCCAGCCCGGUCCGAGGUGCAGUUCGGCACGCAGCUGUCUGGGCCACUCUCCUUUCGUGCCCAUGGCACCACCAGCACCUUCGUGGAUGGGGGAGUCCUACGGCGCAAGCUCUAUAUCCACCGCGUGACACUGCAGAAGCUGGUGCCGGGUGCCCAGUAUGUUUACCGUUGUGGCAGCUCCCAGGGCUGGAGCCGGCGGUUUCGUUUCACAGCCUUGAAGAAAGGGACUCACUGGAGCCCUCGCCUGGCUGUGUUUGGGGACAUGGGGGCUGACAACCCGAAGGCCCUGCCCAGGCUGCGGAGGGACACUCAUCAGGGCAUGUUUGAUGCCGUGCUCCAUGUGGGAGACUUUGCCUACAACAUGGACCAGGAUAAUGCUCGCGUCGGGGACAGAUUCAUGCGGCUCAUUGAACCGGUGGCUGCCAGCCUGCCGUACAUGACGUGCCCUGGGAACCACGAGCAGCGCUACAAUUUCUCUAACUACAAGGCUCGCUUUAGCAUGCCGGGAGACAAUGAAGGCUUGUGGUACAGCUGGGACCUGGGCCCUGCCCAUAUCAUCUCCUUCUCCACUGAGGUGUACUUCUUCCUGCACUAUGGCCGUCACCUGGUGGAGAGGCAGUUCCGUUGGCUGGAGAAUGACCUCCAGAAAGCCAAUAAGAACCGGGAGGCCCGACCGUGGAUCAUCACGAUGGGCCACCGGCCGAUGUACUGUUCCAAUGCGGAUCUGGAUGACUGCACGAGGCACGAGAGCAGGGUCCGCAAAGGCCUCCAAGGCAAGUUGUUUGGCCUAGAGGAUCUUUUCCAUAAAUACGGUGUGGAUCUGGAGUUCUGGGCUCAUGAGCACUCCUACGAACGACUGUGGCCCAUUUACAACUACCAGGUAUUUAAUGGCAGCCUGGAAAAGCCCUAUACCAACCCUCGAGGCCCGGUUCACAUCAUCACAGGAUCUGCGGGCUGUGAAGAGCUGCUGACUCCUUUUGUCAGGAAACCCAAACCCUGGAGUGCCGUGCGUGUGAAGGAGUAUGGGUACACGAGGCUGCACAUCCUUAACGGCACCCACAUGCACAUCCAGCAGGUGUCUGAUGACCAGGUCUGUCCGGGGGCCACAUACUGGGUUAUAAACUGCACAGCUUGGUCCAGGACACUGACAGAACGCCUGCUCUGUGCCUGGCAGCGUGUGCGUGCAGAGGACAGGCACCGGACCACAAACACUUACCGAGCACUGACAUACUGA